AUGGAAUUCUACUCUUGUGGAAUUCCAAAAGAACAGGAUUCUCAAACCCUCACGUUUCCCCUCGCUCCUGUCUCUAUGCCCAAUCCUGACGCAGUUGGCCCAAGGCCUCCCCGUGCUCAGCCUAUCAGGGCGGGAAUUCUCGCUUUUGCAGAAGCAGUUCACGAUCAUGCAUUUGCGGAGGCCUUCUUCGAGUUUAUGAUUUGCACUCUGGGAUCUCUCGUUUUAACUCUCUGGCGCUGGAACCAGACGCCGCCUUGCGAAAGAGCGCUGCUAUGCCCUUUGUUGCAAAUUGCCAAGCAGCCCCAUUCUGGCACAGAAGCCACCCGCCCACGCUUUGCUAUAGUACACUAUUACACACUCAAAAACUCUAAGCUCAAGCCGCGCAAGCCCGUCUUUGAACAGGUACUCGCUUCCCUAGGUGUUGAUCAUGACCUUGAACGCCAUGCAGAGCAGGAGGAGAGAUUAAAAUUGGGUAUUAAUUGGCGGGAAAUGGCUGGAGUAGAUGAAGCGGGUUCUGAAUGCUGA